CCUUCCCAGAAGUCGUCCUGUGAUUGGCCUUGCACCGCCCCGCCCCGCGCCCAGAACGCCAAGUCUAGGGGCCCAGCGCGGGGUUCCUAGUGCAGCCAUGGAGCUGGGGCUGGCGGGUCGUCGGGCGCUGGUUACCGGCGCUGGCAAAGGCAUCGGACGCAGCUUGGUCCAGGCGCUGCAUGCGGCGGGCGUGCGCGUGGUGGCUGUGAGCCGAACGCAGGCCGACCUGGAUAGCCUUGUCCGCGAGUGUCCCGGAGUGGAGCCCUUGUGUGUGGACCUGGCAGACUGGGAAGCCACUGAACAUGCCCUGGGCAGUGUAGGACCCGUGGACCUGCUGGUGAACAAUGCUGGCGUGGCACUGUUGCAGCCCUUCCUGGAGGUCACCAAGGAGGCCUUUGACAUGUCCUUUGAUGUGAACCUGAGGGCUGUCAUCCAGGUGUCCCAGAUUGUGGUCAGGAGCAUGAUAGCACGGGGAGCCCCUGGGGCCAUUGUGAAUGUCUCCAGUCAGGCCUCCCAGCGAGCACUUACCAAUCACACUGUCUACUGCUCUACCAAGGGUGCUCUGGACAUGUUGACCAAGGUGAUGGCCCUAGAGCUCGGACCCUACAAGAUCCGAGUGAAUGCAGUAAACCCCACAGUGGUGAUGACACCCAUGGGCCAGGCCAACUGGAGUGACCCCCACAAGGCCAAGGUCAUGCUGGACCGCAUCCCACUUGGCAAGUUUGCUGAGAUGGAGAAUGUGGUGGACACCAUCCUCUUCUUGCUGAGUGAUCGAAGCAGCAUGACCACAGGCUCCACUGUGCCAGUGGAUGGGGGCUUCUUAGCCACCUGAGCCCAAUACACAUACACACACCUCAGCUCCACACUUAGCCCUCCCCUGCCCUCCAAUAAACAUUAUUCUUCAACUCA